GACUGCGAUUCGUCCAAAUCGUAAAAUGAUUUGACAAAUUUCAUGACAAAAAUUGUUACGCUAUAUCGCAUUAUUUUUUCUCUUCUUUUGAGCGUUUAAAACUCUGUUAUACAACUUUGAAAAAUAAAUUGAGCAUCAUUUAAGUAAUCAUACGCCAAGUUCAUGUCAUUUAUCAAUUCACUACAGUAUUCAAAUAUUUUAAGAAUCGAUAAUAAAAUUUCGUCACGAAAAUAAACAAAAUGUCAGCCACGCUGGUAAACCCGGAAGUAAAGAUAAGAGUAAGUUCAGUCCUGAACAAAGAUGUAAAGCAGUUUGGCAAACAACAUAUGUUUGAUCUGGAAGACGAGACAUGCUGGAACUCCGAUGCAGAUCAGUCAGGGAAACCACAAUGGGUCAUGCUAGAAUUUCCAAAGCCUGUUCAGAUUCAAGAAAUCAAAAUACGAUUCCAGGGAGGAUUCGUUAGUCAGAACUGCUGUCUAUUAGGUAAUAUUGCUGAGAAAAAGAUGGAAAAAAUCUUUGAGUUCUCGCCAGAAGACAAUAGCUUAUUACAAACAUUUCCAUUGUCUCACCAUGUUCCAGUUACAAUAAUAAGACUUCUAUUUUCACAUAGUACAGACUUUUAUGGCAGAUUUACAGUUUACUUACUGGACUUUAUAGGGGACGUGUGUAGCUGA